GCCCGGGUCGUCAAUCUGCUGGAGGCCAUACCGAUCCCGUUUCCGGAGAACGGGCAGCUGGCCUUCGUGGAGGGCGAGGACGGCUUCCCGGCGUUCGGUUUUCAGCCGGGGCAUGACGUCAAGCACCCGUACCGGCUCUACCUGCCGGAGCGGAUGCCGCGCGACUUCGCCAUCGCCGUGACGGUGCGGCCGACGCAGCCGGAGGGCGGCUUCCUCUUCGCCGUCGUGAACCCGUUGGAGACGGUGGUGCAGCUCGGCGUGCAGAUCACGCCCGGUGGGCCCGGCACCACCAACAUCUCGCUCGUCUACACCGACUCGGAGGUGCACUUCGCCUCUCAGCGGAUCGCCACGUUCAGCGUACCGAGCUUCGAGGACACCUGGGCCAAGUUCGCCAUCCAGGCGCUGGACCAGAACGUGACGCUCUAUUACAACUGCAGCCGGUACGCCAGCGCGUUCGCGCCCCGCGUGCCCCGCGAGCUCGUCUUCGACUCGGCCUCCACGCUGUACAUCGGCCAGGCGGGUGGCCUCCUCUGGGAGCAGUUCCAGGGCUCCCUGCAAGACCUGAAGAUCUACGAUGAUGCGUCGAUGGCGCCUCUUCACUGCGAGGCGUUCAAGUUCGAGGCGCUCAGGAACCUCCAUGGGUCCGGUGUGGGUGACGACUAUGAUAGCUCCUACUAUGAUGACUAUGAAUACGGAGAUGCAGACCUGGAGGAGGGCGACGACGACCUGUUCCUGGACGAGGGGAGCGGCGAGCACGAGGAUGAAGGCCCGCCACUCAUCCCGCCGCCACCGCCCGGACUCGAAAAAUACGCUUCUAAAGGAGAGCCGGGUGAACGAGGUCCUGUGGGACCCCCCGGCGAGUCGAUAGUGGGACCCCAGGGGCCGCGGGGAGAGCGAGGCCCGCCAGGACCUCCCGGCUCGGGCUUCGAAGGGUCUGGAGACGACGAGGAUGGCGUAUGGAGUGCGGCCGGACCGCCCGGGCCCCCUGGAAAGUGUUCGUGUGACCUCGACGACUUGGCAGCGGUGCUAAUCACCUACAAAGAAGUGCGCGGUCCAGAGGGCGCUCCCGGUCUGGACGGCACGCCCGGCAUGGCCGGAUCCCCGGGCCAUCCAGGUCCGAGGGGAGAACGCGGCCCGGAGGGGCCCGAGGGGCCCCAGGGAGAGCGCGGAGAUGCCGGGCCCAGGGGGCCGGAAGGUAUUCAAGGCCUGAAAGGCGAUCCCGGCACGGACGGCGUGCCCGGCUCUCGAGGGGAGCCCGGUCCGCCCGGCCCGCCCGGCCUGGGGCUGGGUAGUGGACUCGGUAGCGGAUUCGACCAGAACGAUGAGACGUUCGGAUCUGGCUAUGGUGCCGGCGGGUACGGCCUGCCCGGAACACCAGGACCUCCAGGGCCGGCUGGCUUGGACGGCGCGCCCGGCACACCGGGCCCCGUGGGUCUUCCCGGCAUCAAGGGCGAGAGAGGGGAGACCGGCGUGCCCGGAGAGAAGGGCGAACGGGGCUUCCAGGGCUCGCAGGGGCCGCAGGGCUUCAAGGGCGAACCUGGCGAGUCCGGGAUGGACGGCCAGCCCGGCCAGCCGGGAGCGAUUGGGCCGCGUGGUGAGCGAGGUCCCGCCGGGCCGGCCGGACCGCCCGGUCCUCCGGCGCCUUCCGGGCCCCACGCCGAGGAGUGGGGCUGGGACGAGGACGGCGUCGGCGGCUCCGGCUCCGGCUACGGGCCGCGUCCUCCGCCAUCGGGCGUGGGAACACCUGGCUCGCCGGGUCCGGCCGGACCCGAGGGCCCGCCGGGCCCGCCCGGUCCACCCGGGGUGGGCCUGCCGGGCCCGCAGGGCGAGCCGGGCCUGGACGGCGCCCCCGGCCUGCCUGGACCUCAGGGACCGCCCGGAGCAGCCUCGGCCUCGGUCUCGGCCGACGGUGUCACGCUCAAGGGUGAGAAGGGUGACCGGGGAAGGCGGGGCCGACCCGGCCCACCUGGCCGGCCAGGACCAAUCGGAGAGCUUGGCAUGCCCGGCUGGCCGGGUCGCCGCGGAGAGAAGGGUGUCGGUGUCCCCGGCGCCAAGGGAGAGCCGGGGGUGUGUGGCUGUGAGGACAGUUCAAACGGCAAGGGAGGCAUGUACAUACCGGUGCCGGGGCCGUCGGGACCUGCAGGCCCCAAGGGCGACGUCGGCAGCCCAGGCCUCUCCAUCGUCGGCGAGCCAGGCCCCCCCGGCCCGCCCGGUCCGGCGGGACGGAGCCAGGUGGGGUCACCCGGCCGGCCCGGCAUCGGUCUGCCAGGACCGGCAGGACCGCCUGGAGAGUCGGGCUACGGCGGCCGCGGCGGGCAGCAGGCGGCCUCGCCCCAGAUCGUUCCCGGCGCCGUCACCUUCCCCAACAAGGAGGCCAUGCUGAAGCGUUCCGAGGUCAGCCCGGUGGGCACGCUGGCGUUCGUGAUGGACGAGGAGGCCCUGCUGGUCCGCGUCAGCGCAGGCUGGCAAUACGUGUCGCUGGGCUCCGUGGUGGAUCAUAAACCGACAGAGCCACCCACCACCACUGCGCAGACGGCUGAGCACAGAUCGCCGCCCCCCUUCGAGUCCGGCAACCUCGUCUCGCAGGUGGACGGCCCCAGGCUGCGUCUGGCGGCGCUGAAUGAGCCUCACCACGGCGACAAGAUGGGCCUGCGGGGCUUCGACUACGAGUGCUACCGGCAGGCCCGCCGCUCCAAUCUCCACAGCACGUUCCGCGCGCUGCUCUCGUCCCGCACGCAGAACCUGGACAGUAUCGUGCGCACCGAGGACCGCACCCUGCCCGUGGUCAACAUUAAGGGUGAUCUCCUAUUUGAGAGCUGGAAGAGCAUAUAUAAGGGAGACGGAGGAGUGUUCGCGCAAAGACCAACGGUCUACAGCUUUGACGGGAAGGACGUGUUACAGGAUGCGUUGUGGCCGCAGAAGAUCGUCUGGCACGGUGCCACCGAGCGCGGUGAGCGCGACCUAGACAAUUACUGCGACGCCUGGCACUCCUCUUCUGCUGACAAGGUCGGCAUGGCCAGCAGUCUGUUCCACAGCCGGCUGCUCGAACAGGAAACUUACGCCUGUAACAACCGCUUCAUCGUGCUCUGCGUCGAGGUGGGCAACAUGCGGCGGCGGCGGCGGCGCAGCGUCGACAGCGACGUGCUGAUGAGCCCCGAGCAGUACGCCGAGCUGCUGCAGCAGCUGGACUCGGAACAAGCCGAGUAGGCGACCCGGUCCCCCCGGCCGCUGCUGCCGCCCGGCCGGCCCAGAGACGUGAUACGCCGGCCACCGCCGGAGUUGUUGUUGUUUUCGUGUCGGCGCCGCGCCGUUUGGUGCGUUCUGCUCUCUGUUCUGCUGUCCGUCUAGCGGGUGCGCACCCGCCGUGUGCUUGGAUUUGUGGACUUGACGCGGGGCGGCCACAGGCAAUAAGCACCGCUGAGGAUGAGAACUUCUUAAUUUUUUUCCGGGCAUUUCGCGCCGCGGUCAGCGAUUUCUAUGCGAGGCCCUGUGAGCACAAUCACUGCCAGUGUUUGUCAAUAAUCAUCUUCUUUUCGGAGGUGCGUCUACGGGACAUCAUUCCAUCGGUUCUGGACACGUGAUAUGUUUUAUCCGCGUGCAUUGCUUGCUUGGGCAGCGGAAUGCCUCGGUUUGAGAGGUGUUGUCAAUUUUUAUCACGUGUUUCCAUUUUGUGAUAAUUCAUAACGCUUUUAGUUGAACUUAAGUAUGAUUUAAGGCUUAAUUAGUCUUAUUGAAAGCAAGAGCUUUGACGAGAUGCUUUGGUUAGCUUACGGCUUGUUUUAGUUACAACUUGGUCAAUGCGAUGCUAAUGGUUUUCUGCUUGUGCCAAACUUAUCACGCUAGUCCAGUGUAGUUUGUUUUGUAAAUUUUAACAUUUCGGUGAAAAUGUGACGAGCUGGCCGGCCUUCUACCUACGGCAGCUAGGGCCUCUCACAGAAUUAGCACGUUUUAAACGAAUAUUUGAUGACCCCAAUCCUUUUUUCUCCGCGAGUUUUGAGAACAGUGUGUAAAACAAACCCUAGCCCUGCGGUCGUGUGGCAGUUCUUCCAUUUUCAAUAAUAGCUAAGUAUGUAUUCGAAUUAGACCUGUAAUUGUGUGCGUUCUUUCCACAUUGCUGUAUAGGGAGAUCGGCUUCGCUUUGAUGUUUUGUGAGAAAUAAACGUAGUCAAAUGUA